GCAACACUUUGCCAGUGUGGAUGUGGAACUUUUCUCUACCUAUUCAUUAUGUACGAGUCAACUGACCAGUAAUUUUAAGAUUAAGGGCAAUGGGUGCAACACCGAGUCGCUAUGAAGAUCUCUCCAAGAAUGUGCACCUGGGAAGAUUCUGUGGGAGACAAAGCAUACCCACGAAUGAUCCAUUUUGGAGUACAUUUCUAUCUUAUAAUAUACGACCACCUAUUACGAGGAAUGAUCAGAUAGAAUUGGAUUCUCGUUUGGAUUCAUCGUGUCAACAAUUACUUGUUAAUAAUUUGAUUACUGGCAAUUUUGGUACUCUAAUACAAAUAGCUUUGAUACGCAUCAAUGAAUUACUAGCACCUGUACAGAAUCAAAAUAUAAUAUCGGCAUGGCAAACAUACAAUGCAUUGUUUGCUGUAAGAUGUAUUUUAAAAUACCUCAUUGAGAUUGUUGGUGAAGAACAAAUGCUAAAUCAUAUUGAAGCACCACAAACAGCAAAUGAUGCACUUCCUUCUUAUAGAUUAGCAUAUUUUAUUGAAGCAUUGAUUGAACUUAUUACAGAUGUACCUUUAUGUGAAUUUACAUAUGUUGUUCACUUGGAGGCGAUUAAUUGUUUACUUGUGUUGCUCUCGGUGCAAUUAUUUUCUCAAACUGCAGCCGAAUACAGCACAGUAUAUAGGAUAGCAAUGCACGCGCAUCUGAAUCAACAUGCAUCUACUAUGGUGUGUACACUGUUGCACAAUUUUAUUCAACAGGAGCACGCUCCCCCGGGAUUACUGACGCAACAGUCGGGGGGUAGUAUUGUAUUCAGUAUUGCUGCUGGGUUGUGGAAUGUAAUAAGAAUGGGCAUAGGCAGUAGUUCGAAAAAUAUACAGGUUGCACAUAAUGGCACUGCUGAAGAUGAAGAGAAAAAACGCGAUACGGAAACUCCGCUCGCUAGUCAAUCCCUAUUGCUUUUACUGGUUCUGACGAAUCACUGUACUGCUACACAAAAUCCAUAUAGGAACGCGCUUUUCUCUUUUAUAGAUAUGCAAGAAGAUCAUACUAUAUCGCAAGGGAAAGCAAUUGAUACCUUUAAAUUUAAUUUAAAUAAAUUAUAUAAUACCAUUUGUAAAAUACCAAAUACAGACGAAGUCACGCUUCUUCUCUACAUGCUGUUACAUAGAAACUCGAGUGUAAAACAGGAUAUAAUGAGAAGGCCAGACAUACAACUACUGGUAACUCCAAUAUUACAAAUAUUAUAUCAUGCGCCAAAUAAUACAUCCCAUCAUAUUUAUAUGUCUCUUAUCAUCUUGCUAAUUUUAAGCGAAGAUGAAACGUUUAACAAACGAAUACACGAAAUUAUGCUUAAAGGUGUAACAUGGUAUACUGAGAGAUCCAUAAGCGAAAUAUCAUUAGGUGGUCUUUUAAUUCUUGUAGUGAUUCGCACGAUACAAUAUAAUAUGUUUAAAAUGAGAGACAAAUAUCUUCACACAAACUGUCUGGCAGCCUUAGCAAACAUGUCUGCCCAAUUCACAUCCUUACACCCUUAUGUUAGUCAGAGGUUAUUAAGUCUGUUUGAAACUCUUGCAAAAAAACAUGCACGGUUAGAAGCAAGAAUUCUAGAAUUAACACAGUCAACAACUCUCCCUUCCAAUAAUAGUGUUGUUCUUGAUACAACUAUUGAUACGAUUAUAUAUAUAUAUAUAUAUACAUAUAUAAGGUCCGAUUACAUCAACGUUACUGUAUCUUUUAUAAAUGAGAUUCAAGACUUGACUAUACUUGAGGAAGUCUUACGGAUGGUGCUAGAAAUUAUAAAUAGUUGUUUAACCCAUAGGUUAGCGCACAAUCCGAAUUUAAUUUACACUUUAUUAUAUAAAAAAGACGUCUUUCAACCAUUUAGGACACAUUCUGCUUUUCAAGAUAUUGUACAAAAUAUUGAUUCUGUAAUUAAUUUUUUCUCGUAUAAAUUGGAACAAAAAGAUCAAUCACAAUUAGGUGUUAGUCAAGUAUUAUCCACUAUACGGCAAGGAACUUUAGAAUGGCCAAGAGAUCGUUUAAGAAAAUUCCCAGAAUUGAAGUUCAAAUAUGUAGAAGAAGAACAACCGGAGGAAUUUUUCAUUCCUUACGUGUGGAGUGUCGUUUGUCAAGGAGCGUUAUUACAUUGGAAUGCGGAGAAUAUAAAAUUAUUUUCUCCUAAUAAUGGCGAAGCAACCAUCAUUGUUUGCUGAUACUGAGAUGAGGGGUGCAUUCUUCUAUAAAUAUUCAAAGCGAUGACACAAGUUGAUACGCAAAACUUAAUAAGUUUGUAAUAGAAAUUGUCAAAAA